CUCCUGCUACCAUAUACUAAACAUCUCAAGAAACAUACAUCCUCGCACGAUGAAGCUCUCGCUCGCUGCCGCCGUGCUCGGCGCCCUCGCCGUCUCUGCGCAGACAUCCACCGAGUGCAACCCCCUCAAGCAGAAAUGUCCCGCCGACCCUGCACUGUCGGGCUCUGCCGACUUUGGGCUCACCAGUGAGAGCCCGCGCUUCCAUGCCACCGGCGGCUCGCCCACGUACGGCAAAGACGGCGCCAGCCUGACCAUCGGCAAGCGGUUCGACGCCCCCAAGCUGACCUCGGACUUCUACAUCAUGUUCGGAUACGUCGAGUGGGAGAUCAAGGCCGCCCCGGGCAAGGGCAUCGUCUCCUCCGCCGUGCUGCUGUCGGACUGCCUGGACGAGAUUGACUGGGAGUUCCUCGGCGGCGACCCCAACCAGGUCCAGAGCAACUUCUUCGGCAAGGGAGAUACCACUACCUACGACCGGGUCCAGUUCCAUCCGGCGCCAAACAACAACAAGGAGUUCCAUAAAUACGCCGUGACUGGACUGCGGACAAGACGACCUUCUACAUCGACGGCCAGAAUGUCCGCGAACUCACCCCGGAUUCCGCCAAGGGACAGUACCCCCAGACCCCCAUGAGAGUCCUUGCUGGCAGCUGGGCCGGCGGUGACCCUUUCCAACAACCAGGGAAAC